GUUGGGAUCAGUCUUUGGGACGCGCGUUUGCAGUAAAGAUCGCGGCAAGGAAUUAUACGAAAACGUUUGGCGUGUCUCUGUUUGUGAUAGGGCGCGACAUCGAAACCAAAAUCGGAGCUCCUCAAUCGCCGCAGACGUCAGUCGCAGAGCGGACCUUCAAGCGAUCGGACCCUAACGGAAUCUACCGCUCAUCAUGCUGCCCGUCGUCAUCCGCCGUAAUCUAAUCGCCGUGCUCGCAGUGGGCCUGUGCGUCUGUCUUUGUCCGGUGGAAUCGCGAACUCGGCCAAAGAACCUGGUCGACAAAAAGCUGGUUACUUUGUACGGCAGUACGCCCCACGUGGAGGCCCUCCUGGGUCCCGGACGUCCCACCCCGGAUACCUACAAGACCUUGAGGAGCGCCUUCUUCCGGUACGAGGAGUCCCGCUCCCUGGGCUAUGAUCUGGAGCUAACCGAGCGGGAGACCAAGGCCAAUGAGACCAUCAUGAAGGCCAAGUUGAACGAGUACGGAGAGGGUCUGGUCACCCCCCAUCUGUUCAAACCCGCUCAGCAUAUAUUCGAUGUGCUGGACGGCAUCCGCAACACUGAUCUCUUCAAGCUCCUGAAGAAAAUGCCCAAGGGUGCCGUGCUCCAUGCCCACGACACGGCUCUCUGCAGCACCCAAGCCAUCAUCAAGCUGACCUACUACGAUAAUCUGUGGUCCUGCCAGCAGGACAGUGAUCUCGGUUCCACCGCCCUGAGGUUUGCGAAGACUAAGCCACAGGCCCUAGACGAUUGCGACUGGAGUCUGCUCUCCGAGGUGCGAUCCAAGUACGGAGCCCAAAAGGUCGAUGAGUAUCUGGCCGAAAGACUCACCCUGUAUCCCACCAAAAAGUUCGAGGACAACAACGCCGCCUGGUCCACUUUCAUGACCAUAUUCAGUCUCCUCGACGGUCUUGUAAUGUACGCCCCAGUUUGGGCGGACUAUUACUACAGUGCUCUGGAGGAGUUCUACGAGGAUGGUGUGUUGUACUUGGAGUUCCGUUCCGUGGUUCCAACGCUCUACGACUUGGAUGGCACCCAGUUCACUCCCAUGGAUACAGUGCGUAUAUAUGUGGAAACUUUGGAAAAGUUCAAGGAGGCUCAUCCCGAUUUUAUUGGUUCCCGAAUGAUCUACGCACCCAUCCGGAACACAAAUUCUGAGGGAGUUACGGCAUAUAUCGAAACGCUGAAAGAGAUCAAGGAGAAAUACCCCGACUUUGUGGCUGGCUUUGAUUUGGUGGGCCAGGAGGAGUUGGGUCGCCCUUUGAGGGACUAUAUCGAUGAGCUACUGUCCAUACCCGAGGAAAUUGACUUUUAUUUCCACGCUGGAGAGACGAACUGGUUCGGGUCGACUGUGGAUGAGAAUCUGAUCGAUGCCAUUUUGCUGGGCACGAAGCGUAUUGGUCAUGGAUUCGGACUGGUCAAACAUCCGGUGGUUCUGGACAUGCUGAAGAAACUGAACGUGGCCGUUGAGGUCAACCCGAUUUCGAAUCAGGUGCUCCAGCUGGUCACCGACUUCCGCAACCAUCCGUGCUCGCACUUCUUUGCCGAUGGCUAUCCGGUGGUCAUUUCCUCGGACGAUCCGUCCUUCUGGAAGGCCACGCCCCUGACGCACGACUUCUACAUUGCCUUUUUGGGAAUUGCCUCGCAGCACUCGGAUUUGCGACUGCUCAAGAAGCUGGCCCUGAACUCCAUUCAGUACAGUUCGCUGACGGGAGAUGCCCAGUUCGAGGCUCUGGAGAAGUGGCAGGUGAAGUGGGACCAGUUCAUUGCCGACGUGAACGAGGAGGCCUCCAACCGGGGAUCCCCCAGCCAGCAUCUCGAUUGACUAGCACGGGUGGUGGCAGCGCUUCUGGUCGCGUUCUCCCUGAUGACCUCUGACCUGUGGCGCUAGUCGGACAAAAAUACCCCUCCACCUGCUGCACCUUCUGCACCUCCACUACAAUUCGAUUUCCGGCUGCAGCGGGUCCAACAUUGCAUCCUCAUCCGCAUCCAGUCAGAGCCAUGUCCAUGCCCACAUUCUCGAUAUCUAACCGAUUGUUUUAAGCUACUUGUUAUCGACUAGUCCUUAGUUAGACCUAGGCUAAUACUUUUCUGUUAACCCAUGAGAUUCUGUGCCACGCCCCUAAAAAGGGUUAAAGGCUCAAAAUCCGAAGAAAACGAAAGCAAUAAAGAACCCGUUUUAGUCGUAGCCUAAA